CAAUCUCUAGCACAGGGAAAGCAAGUGAGAUACACAUCUCGUAUAGCCAAAGAUUUCAAAAUCUCUCACUCUAUAAACGUCAGCGUUAAUAAGGUUCCAACGCAAGAGGCUAAGCCAUCGCGACGGUCGUCGGAGUCUCUGAUGGAUAGGGUGAAGACGAGCUGUUUAUCCAUGGCAGUCACGUUUCAUGAAGGGCUUAGCUACGUUAAAGCCUUUUUUGUCGGCCAGACAAAGAGGUUGACGGCCAAGAACGAGCAAGAAGCUACGGAAGCUCAUUUAACAGAGACAAAAAUGCAAGUUGAAGCAACUGAUGAAGCAGAGAACGCCAAGAAGAGGAUUCAUCAAUCUUCUUAAUGUUUUUUACUGAUUAAAUCUGUUUUUUUUUUUGCUAAUUAUAAUGUAUUCGUAAUGUUGAUUGUAUUUGAAUUGAUGUUGCUAACUUUUCUC